CGACCAAUCCAAGGGCUCGGUAUUGAAGGAUCAAUGACGAUCCAAAGAUGGCUGCGCCCGUGUAAUCCCGGCGGCAGCUGACCUCUGAUUUUCCUCGCGUCACCUGGCGCCAGGGGUUGGUUAGCUGAGCACGAAGAUCAUGCUGGGCCGGACCCUCCGAGAAGUUUCUGCAGCUUUGAAGCAAGGCCAGAUUACACCAAAAGAACUCUGUCAAAAAUGCCUCUCGCUUAUCAAGAAGACCAAGUUUCUAAAUGCUUACAUCACUGUAUCAGAAGAGGUGGCCCUAAAGCAAGCAGAAGAAUCAGAGAACAGAUACAGAAAAGGCCAGUCACUGGGGGACUUGGAUGGAAUUCCUAUUGCAGUGAAAGACAACUUUAGUACAUCUGGCAUUGAGACAACAUGUGCGUCGAACAUGCUGAAAGGUUAUAUACCACCUUAUAAUGCCACAGUGGUUCAGAAGUUGUUGGAUCAGGGAGCUCUACUAAUGGGAAAAACAAACUUAGAUGAGUUUGCUAUGGGAUCUGGAAGCACAGAUGGUGUGUUUGGACCAGUGAAAAACCCCUGGAGUUAUUCAAAGCAGUAUAGAGAACAGAGGCAGCAGAAGCCGCACAGCGAGAGGGAGGAUGCGGACUGGCUCAUCGCUGGAGGAAGCUCCGGGGGCAGCGCGGCUGCCGUAGCGGCGCUCACAUGCUUCGCAGCUUUAGGAUCGGAUACUGGAGGAUCCACAAGAAACCCUGCUGCCCACUGUGGGCUUGUUGGCUUCAAACCAAGCUAUGGCUUAGUUUCUCGUCAUGGCCUCAUUCCCCUGGUGAAUUCAAUGGAUGUGCCAGGAAUCUUAACCAGAUGUGUGGACGAUACAGCAAUUGUGUUGGGUGUAUUGGCUGGACAUGACCCCAAAGAUUCCACUACAGUACAAGAUCCUGUAGAGCCAUUCACACUUCCCAGUCUGACAGAUGUGAGCAAACUAUGUAUAGGAAUUCCAAAGGAAUAUCUUGUACCAGAACUGUCACCUGAAGUACGCUCUCUUUGGUCCAAAGCAGCUGACCUUUUUGAUUCUGAGGGGGCCAAAGUCAUUGAAGUGUCCCUGCCCCACACCUGCUACUCAAUCGUCUGCUACCAUGUGUUGUGCACAUCAGAAGUGGCAUCAAAUAUGGCAAGAUUCGAUGGGCUGGAGUAUGGUCACAGAUGUAACGUUCAUGUGUCCACUGAAGCCAUGUAUGCCACAACCAGACGAGAAGGGUUCAACGAUGUGGUGAGAGGAAGAAUUCUCUCGGGAAACUUUUUCUUAUUAAAAGAAAACUAUGAGGACUAUUUCAUCAAAGCACAGAAAGUGAGACGCCUCAUUGCUAACGAUUUUGUGAAUGUUUUCAACUCGGGAGUGGAUGUCCUGCUAACGCCCACCACCUUGAGUGAGGCAGUGCCGUACUUGGAGUUCAUCAAAGAAGACAACAGAACACGAAGUGCUCAGGAUGAUGUUUUCACACAGGCUGUCAAUAUGGCAGGACUGCCAGCAGUGAAUGUUCCUGUGGCCCUCUCAAACCAAGGACUGCCUAUAGGAUUGCAGUUUAUUGGACGCGCAUUUUGUGAUCAGCAGCUUCUCACAGUUGCCAAAUGGUUUGAAGAACAAGUCCAGUUUCCUGCUAUCCAACUUGAACUCACAGAUGACUGUUCUGUUCAUCAGUCCUUGCAAAUGACAAGUUAGCUUCUGUUUCUCUACAAUAGUAGUGAUCAAUAAAUGAUGCAAACUAAAA